AUGGAGACCACAGAUGCCGAACCAUCUCGCCUCCGAUCUAUGAGAGAUCUCAAGCACAUAUUCAGCCCCACCGCGUCACACAUCUAUCACCCUCUUCACGAAAAUCAGCGUUCCAGAAGAUGCACGCCCUGGCUAUUUUGGGUGCUCGUUCCAUUCCUGAUGAUGUUGUCUGUUGUCACUAUCAUUACAUUCUCCGACCUCACAACCACAGGAAGAUACACACUAAAAGACGAAUGGGCCCGCAAAUAUCGCCGUAGUGUCUCGACCACCUUCCACUCAGUCACUUUCCAAGAGCAAGUCGAGUAUUGGGACUCUGGAGCUGCUGGAGAUGCAUCAUGGGAGAGCUUGAUCCCCGAGAAUCAAGGCCUUAUGUUUGAAAAGGAUGAAAAGGGUAUUGCUCGUUAUUCGGGCUUUUCCAUGUUUCAUCAACUGCAUUGCCUCAGCCUACUUCGGGAUGAACUUAUCAAGGCAUAUGGUAACAAAACUGCUUCAACUCCUGAUGAAGGACACCAUCACAUACGCGCUUUGCAUGGUGGCUACACGGACUUGACAAAGGUGCAUUGGUACCAUUGUCUGGAUUAUCUUCGACAGGCUCUCAUCUGCAACGCAGAUAACACGAUCGAAAUGUGCGUUGGUGAUGCUAGUAAGCCCAUCGCAACAGGAUGGAAUCGUACACAUCAGUGCAAGUCCACUAAACCAAUGUGGGACUUCUUUGAACUCCACAAAAAGGAGUUCACAGAAGAGGAGAUGAAGGGUUUGCAUGAUCACCAUCACGGAAGUCCUUGA